AUGGACACGCUUGAUCCUACUCUGUUUCCUCCUAUGGCUCAAGCUUCCACUUCCGUCUCUGCUUCAAAUCCACGAGUUUUAGACCACCUUUGGUCUAAUAUCAUUUCGGAACCUGCUCCUUCUACACCUCACAUUCCAGUCUCCCUUAUGGAAACACCAGAAGAUAUCAUACCCUUCAACAAAGAUUUCACUGAACAUGCGGCUGUGGAAUGGAGUCUCUGCCUUGUAGGUUACUCUAUCGGUAAGAGACCUUACUAUGAAGCUUUAAAAGAAACUGCAAAAAGAAUUUGGAAGCUAAAAGGUACCUUUCAACUCAUUGCUCUCACCGAUGGGUUUUUUCUAUUCAAAUUUUCUUUGCUGGAAGAUUACGACAUGGUCUGGGGGAAGGGAGCUUGGUUUUUCCAUGGUAAACCUUUCAUCUUUCAGAAAUGGACUAAGAAUUUUAAUCCCACUAGAGAAAAUUUCUCAUCUGUGUCGAUUUGGGUAAAAAUCCACAACCUUCCUUUAGUUUGUUGGAACUCUGAAGGGAUAUCUAAAAGAGCUUCAAAGAUUGGGAUUCUGAUAGUGGUAGAUGCGUUAACUGCGGCCAAAACGAGAUUAACGUAUGCCAGGAUAUGUAUACAAGUAUCUAUCACCUCUUCUUUUCCUGAGAGUGUUGCUGUUACGAUUGAGGGAGAUGUCAUCAAAUUGCAAAAUGCCUCUAAUCAUAUUAGAGGUCACAGUAAUUCCUGUAAUCCUCGAAAUGUUCCUCUUCACCGAUCCAAGUCUGUUACAUUCAAGGGGGAAAAUCAGCCGGAUUCUUCCAAACUGGAUUCUCAUGUUGCUUCAGCUUCUAAUCUAGCUUUAGUCCCUUCCCAGGUUAACUGGGUACCUAAAUAUAAUGUACUUCCUGGAAAAACCUCUGUUGCUGCACUACAGAAUGAUCCCAUUCCUGAUCCCCAGCUUACAAAUCUUAUUGUAAAUAAUACUGAAAUUUUACCUCACACUUUCAGUGAUGCUACUAAUUCAGUUCCCCUUCUCAUUCCAAAUCUUAAUUCCCCUACUAAUGAUUGCAUAAGGGAAACCGUACUAGUCCAACCUCAUCCCUCCAUUCCUCCUACUAUGCCAAUGAGUAAUAAGUUCUCCUCUCUACAGGGUACUGAAGAAUUAGUCCUAUCGGGAUCUGAAAAUGAUUGUUCUUCUUAUUCUGAGCCUAUAUCUAACUCUAGUGGGAAAAAAAGCAAAAUAACCCAGCCUAAAAAUGCAAAAGGAAAGGGUUCUAAAAAGCCGUCGUCUGCUAAGCGUAAAUGA